CUCCAUGAAAAGACUUGGAUCACACUCCAGACUACCCUCCUCUUCUUCCUCCUCUUCUAUGUGGAGAAGAAGAUUUUAAGAUACACAAUUUGCUCGGAUUUUUUAUUCAGUUGUUGCAGAUACGAUCGUUUUCUGUUUGAACACGUAAAUUCGGAGGUUGGGGAGUGAAGCUUUCCUUUGGAAUCACUAUUUUUGGAGUUUGUUUGAUGGACAAAGGUGGUGGCCUCAGCAUCGCUGCGGACUCAGUCGGGUUCUUUCUCACCAAGGCCGGCGUGCUCGACCCCUUCCACAGCGCCAAGAGGAAACGCGAGCCUAGCCCCGUCGCUGCCGCCGCCGGCGACAAGCGCGUCGUCGUCGGUGAGAUGGACUUUUUCAAGGAGAAGAGCCGGUCGGGUGCAAUUGCCGGCCACGACGACGUGGGCUUCAAGGUCAAGAAGGAGGACGCCGGCGAACCCGCGGACCGUGACGUCAAUACGGGAUUAAGGCUUCUUACUGCGAAUGCCAGCAGCGAUCAGUCCAGUGUCGACGACGGCGCGCCGACGGAAGAGAAGAAGGCCAGGAACGAAAUAUCAGUGCUCAAGGCCGAAGUUGAGCGAGUGAACGAAGAGAAUCGACGGCUAAGGAACAUGUUUCAUCAAGUCAGCAACGACUACAGGAGCCUACAGAUUCAGGUUGCUUCGCUCAUGCAGCAGCAGCAGCAGCAAAGCCAUCUCAGAUCCAAUCCAACUCAAGAUCAGAGAGGAGUAGAAGAACAUGAAACAGAAGAAGAAGAAGAAGACAAGGUUGGUGAUCAGCUGGUUGAAUCUGGAGGAAGGAGGAUUAUGCCUAGGCAAUUCAUGGAUCCUGGCCCGGCCGCCGGUGCAGCCGCAGACACAGAAGAGACGCUGCAAUCCUCGUCGGAAGAGCGGUCGAUAUCGCCAGUCAAUACUACGGAGGUGGUGUCCAAGGAGAUUGUGUCGGUGCACAGCCCAGAUCAGUUGAGGGAGGAAAGCCCGGACAGGGCUUCACAAGGGUGGGUGCACAAGUCCCCCAAGUUGCAGCAGGCUGCCAAAAGCGUGGAGCAAGCGGCAGAGGCUACGAUGAGGAAGGCCAGGGUCUCGGUUCGAGCACGAUCUGAAGCUCCCAUGAUAACGGACGGUUGCCAAUGGAGGAAAUACGGCCAGAAGAUGGCGAAGGGAAAUCCAUGUCCGCGAGCAUAUUAUCGUUGCACCAUGGCCGCCGGCUGCCCGGUGCGGAAGCAAGUACAAAGAUGUGCGGAGGACAGAACGAUUCUAAUAACCACCUACGAAGGAAACCACAACCAUCCGCUCCCACCGGCAGCCAUGGCCAUGGCGUCGACGACGUCGGCCGCCGCCUGCAUGCUUCUCUCCGGAUCGAUGUCGAGCACGGACGGGAUGAUGAACUCCAGCUUCCUUGCUCGAACCUUGCUGCCGUGCUCGUCGAGCAUGGCGACGAUCUCGGCCUCCGCUCCAUUCCCCACCGUCACCCUUGAUCUUACACAGACGCCAACUCCACUAGGCUUCCAGAGGCCGAAUGCUUCUGCACCAAUCAAUCUUCCAUUGGGCACUGCUCCUCAGCCAUUUGGAGCGGCGCCACCGGCAGCUCAGCUGUUCGGGCAAUCAAUCCACAACCAAUCUAAGUUCUCCGGGCUGCAAAUCUCCCACGGCCUCGAAGCCGCGGUUGCGGCACAAUUAGGCCAACAGCAGCAGCAGCAAUCACCAUCACUGGCAGAAACAGUGAGCGCCAUAACAGCUGAUCCCAACUUCACAGCAGCAUUAGCAGCAGCAAUCACUUCAAUAAUUGGGUCCCAACAAAGUACCCACCAAGCCAAUCCCACCAACAGCACAAGCAACAGUUCUUUGCAGCAAAAUCUUGGGUAGAAGAGACCAAAUUGAAGCAAGAACCAAACUGUUAAUUAUCACUAUCAAAAUCAUUCAGCUUCUUUUCCUUCCCUUUCUACGUUCAUUUUCAAGUAGAAUAAUCCCAUUUUUCCAUUCUUUCAUUUGAUGAAACUUACAUGGAAUAAAGAUGUCACUUCUUUAUUCUUCUUUUUCUAUUCAUAGAAAGGGAAUGUGUAUAGAUUGUUACGUGUACCAAACUUUGAGAUGGGAGUCAUUUUGUUUUUUUCAUGUGUAUGGUUUUUCCUUUGUAGAUGGAGAGAGGAGGAGAGUCGUUUUAAACUUUUCUUCCGCUCCUUCCUCUUGUUGCCAUUAAUGAACACAAAGUUAGAAAACCUUUA